CUUUACCAAUGCAUGCAUGUUUUGACAGCUGGGCAGACAGAACGAAGAAAUAAAUAUUAAUCCCUAAACUCAGUGAUUGAAUUAUCGUAAUAACUUGCAAGCCCGUAAAUAGUCUAUUUAAAUAAUGGAAAAUGCUUACGCUCCUAUUAGCGAGGCUUGUGUUAAGGCCCUCAGCGACAAAACCUACGAGAAGCGUAAGAUUGCAGCCACUGAGAUCGAAAAGAUGGUAGCAGAUUUCAACGCCAAAAAGAGCUACGCACAAAUCCGAAGGAUAAUCGAAGUACUGAGCAAAGACUUUGUAACGUCGAACGACUCCAAUAAAAAGAAAGGAGGACUGAUAGCGCUGGCUGCGGCCAGUAUCGCCCUCGGCAAGGAUACUGAACGAUUCAUUGAAGAAAUUGUCAAUCCUAUUCUGAACUGUCUGAUGGACACGGACACGCGAGUGCGAUAUUUUGCGAGCGAGUCGCUCUAUAACGUGGUGAAAGUUUCACGAGGCUCCAUCAUCCCACUGUUUCCGAGUCUUUUUACCUCGUUGAGCAGGCUUGUAACCGAUCCUGAUCAAAGCGUAAAAAAUGGCAGCGAACUACUCGAUCGAUUGCUGAAGGACAUUGUUAUUGAAUCAUCUCAUUCGUUCGAUUUGGAUUCUUUUAUUCCGUUGGUUCGGGAGCGAAUCAUGGCGAAAAAUUCGUUUGCCAGGCAGUUCAUAAUUUCUUGGAUAUCGGUGCUGAAUGCUGUUCCUGAAAUCAACAUGGUAGUCUAUCUGCCGGAAAUUUUACUUGGUUUGUUCCAAAUGCUGGAGGACAAUAUGCCAGAAAUUCAGCGAAUGUGUGAAUCAUUGCUGACUCAAUUUUUGAAAACAAUCAAGUCCGACCCCACGGCGGUGGAUAUUCCGCAGAUGAUGAACGUAUUGAUAGUCCAAGCGCAAUCGAGUAACGCGUUGAUACAGUUCACUGCAAUAAGCUGGAUCAAGGAAUUCGUUCAGCUGGCGAAGGGAAAUAUUAUAAGAUUCUCAUCAGGCAUUUUUACAGCAGUUCUGCCAUGCCUGGCGUUUGAGAGUGAAUCUAAAAAGCACAUCAAAGAUUGUGCGACGGCAGUCAACAUUCACUUGCUGGAGCUGGUAUCGGGCGAGGAAAAACAACAGCACCUUAAAAAUCUAGACCUGGACUCUGUGAUGGAAGUUUUACGCCAAUACUUGAUUCACAGUUCGGUGCCGACUAAGAUCGCUGUGCUGAAAUGGGUUCACCAUCUGUUCACCGAAGUCCACGAUGAAAUGUCCAGUCAUGCGAACAAUCUGUUUCCGGUGUUAUUGCGGGACUGCUUGUCUGAUAGUUCGGACGAAGUGGUACUACAAGCAAUUGUCGUGCUGGCAGAGAUUGUCAACUCGGCGACAGCGAAAGGCAGCGACUUCGAUCAACUGCAGUAUAAACAUUUUUUGAUGGAGCUGCUGUCAUUGUUUAGCGAAAACCGAAUGUUCUUGGAAAAUCGAGGAACGCUAAUCAUAAGGCAGCUUUGUCGUCUGCUGAAUGCCGAAUACAUUUAUCGAACGUUCGCAGAGAUCUUGCAAGAGGAAAGAAGCAACCUGAAGUUUGCAUCGACGAUGGUUCGGACGUUGAAUAUGAUUCUACUGACGACGUCAGAUUUGUUCGAAUUAAGGAACACCUUGAGGGAUAUUAAAAGCGAAAAGUCUGCUUCGUUGUUCGAGUGUCUGUACAAAUGUUGGUCACAUUGUGCUGUGUCUACUUUGUCGCUCUGUCUAUUGGCUCAGUGCUAUCAACAUGUGUCGGAAAUCGUCGUAUUAUUUGCUGACAUGGAAAUCACGGUCGAGUUUCUAGUAGAAAUCGAUAAACUUGUUCAGUUGAUUGAAUCUCCCAUUUUUGCCUCCCUUCGACUAGCUCUGGUCUCGCAUACCAAUGACAACGCCGAUGCGCAACAUCUAUCACGGGCUUUGUAUGGAAUAUUAAUGCUGAUUCCUCAAACUGAAGCGUUCCACCUACUUCGCAAUAGACUUCAAUGCGUCCCAAACUACUGGGGUCAACCAGCAAAGAUAAAUUCGAAAUCAUCUAACGAGAGCCAGAGUAAAAUCAAUUUCAAGCAGUUGUUUGAAAAUUUCCAACAAGUUCAAGCAAUGCAUCAUCGGCAGCGACUGGAGCAACGAAAAAAAAAUCAAUUCUAAAACUAACCUCGGAGGGCUUUCGGAACAGCUCUAACAUAAUGAAUUACAUUCCAUCGUUAGUGGAACGCAAUGAAAAACCUUA